AUGGAUAUCUUUGAGAAUCAAUUCCCGAAAUAUCUAUCCCCAGUUCAAAGCAUGGAAGGCAGUUCUGUUCAGGUACACGCAGAGUACACAAAUCGUAAUAAUAAUGCGACCGAUGAUACUGCCAUGUCAGGACUCGACUAUCCCAUGGGCGAUAUCACAAACAUUUCGAAACGUUCUAUAAAGCCAAAGCCACAGCAGUCUAUCAACACGGGUGAAAUUCAGCAACAAGCUGACCUGGCACGUAUGCUACAACCAACGAUUCGAGCCCUCCAGUCCGCCACUGAUAAAGCUAUUAAUAAGGCCGCAAAAGACGCAAAUGGAACAUCAAUUGAACCAAAAGUUUCAAGUGGACCGAGAACUUCGCACAUGCUUCGUCUUGAAGAAUACCAAUCGACCCUCAAGAGCCUCCUCAGGAAGCAGCCUAAGGAAACAAAAGAAAGUCAAGCCGAUCCCAGCGUACCAAACACCAAGUCAAAGAAAAAGAAGAAGAAGAAUGGUGGUGUCAACACUCAAGCCAACAAUACAUCAGGAGGUUCUGUUCAAAAACCCAAAAAGAGAAAGUCAAAGGAAGGAUCAGGAGAACAGCACAUGGCAUUCUUAAUCGCACGUCGCAAGAAUGAGGAUGCGAGGAAGUUUGCCAAUGCUGAGAGGGCUGCUAGGGCGGAUACAGACAUGAAGUUGGAUGUCUCAGACAAGGGAUCAGAUCCACGACACUGGCAGACAUUGUACGAACAGGAGUAUCACACACGUACUGCAAAAUUGAGAGAAAGACAGAUCAGGGAUGAGAAUGCAUUAAUGUUAGCUUUUGGUGGUCUUUCUUUUGGUGGGUCAAAGGAUGCGGGUGAUGAUUAUGAUCCAUUAAUAAGAUUGUUUGUUCGGCUAACUUAUAAAGUGAAGUGA